ACUAUUUCCUUAUCGCUUUUGAUUCUAGGUUGCUUUUGUACAGCAGUCUAUUUCUUAAAGAGGUUGGGGAGUUGCUGAUUUGGUCAGUGUUUCCGCUUCAUCUUCAAAAUGAUGAAUUUUGAAGUGAGCAGCACCAAACAAAUUGGUGUGGGGCUCACCGCCUUCGGUGUGUUCUUCAUAUUUCUCGGAAUCUUGAUGUUUCUUGAUGCAGCCUUACUUGCUAUUGGAAAUCUCCUGUUCAUAGUCGGGAUCACGUUUGUGAUUGGUAUCCAACGAACUCUCGUAUUUUUCUUCGAGUAUAGAAAGCUCAAAGGGAGUGUACUAUUCUUCGGAGGCAUAUUUAUUGUGCUCUUCGGUUAUCCCCUUGUAGGGAUCGUAGUUGAGAUCUGGGGCUUUGUCCUUUUAUUCGGAGGCUUCCUUCCUGGCAUCGUGAAUCUUUUGAGGAGCAUACCUGGUAUCAGUACAAUCACCUACCUCCCUGGAAUCAAACAAAUUCUCGAUCGAUUGGCUCCUGAAUCCAGAUAUCCUGUCUAGCAUAUCAAAGUAUUUUUGGUCUACAUAAUGUGCUCAUCGCUCGACUGCGGGGUUAAGCGUAAUUCCUGGUCUGAGGACUUUUAUUUCACUGAUGUUUUUUUUCUGCAUACGUAAUUGUUUUCUCAUGGUGUAUGUGUAUAUAUUAAUUCGCUACUGCGAGGACCUAGAUAGUUUGUAUACUACUCGAGCACAUUCAGUUCAGAUGCCUCUGAAUGGAACUCCGACCUUUAUGUGUUGAUGGGUAUUCCAAGUGAUCGUAUAGUGAUUUGCGUUUCUUUUUCCGCUGUGGCGGCUUUAUCGACAUUAUUAUUCCUAUUGAAGAGAGUGCUAUGUUUGUUUUAAUUUAUUUCUCUAUUGUUUCAACCAAUAAAAGAUUGGUUCUCA